UGUGAUGUAGAUUUAUUGGUUGGCUGUUUAAAGUUUAAAGGUUCAUUACUAAGAGGUUUAUUAAUCAAUACAUCAGCAAAAGAUCUGUUAACUGAUGGAAAAUUUUUUGCAGCUUCGGUAUAAGAAAUACAAUUCUCAGCCAUGUACAGCUUAAUAUCUUUUGUCUGUUAAAUUCUGGGCAACAUUUAUUAAUAGCAAAAUGAUUACCAGAACACAAGCAACAUGAGCCGCAAUCCUCUUCCACAUUGCAAGAAUCUCCUGUGUGUCCUUGACCACAUUUAAAACAUCGAGGUUUUGAUCUACAUUGUACUUUCGUGUGACCAAAGCGACAGCAUGCAAAGCAUUGGACAGUUGGGUAAACAUAUAACUCAACAGGAAGAGCAUUGUAGCACAUAAAUAUACGUUUAGGUAACACUUGUCCAUCAAACGUCAUUACAAUUGUUUGGGAUGGUUUCCAUGUUGGAGAACCUUCCACUAAAACUUUAUAGUUUAACCGUCUCAUUUUUAUAAUUUUACCACAUCCUAUAGGCACUGUAACAUUAUCUAAAACUUCUUCUGGUGACCAUUCUAUAGGGACUCCCCGCACCAGUCCCAUUCGUGUAAUAUUAAAUGUGGGAAUAAAGGCUUUAAGAUUUUGUGAGGAUAGACUGUUGUGUUCAAUGAAAUUGUUUGCAUCAAUGAAUUUUGAAAAUGACAUAGAAAUUUUGUUUCUGCCAAUUCUUUUGAUACUGCCAUUUAUAAUAUUUUUAAAAUCAUGUUUUUUUAGGAAUUUGCCAAAAGCUAAAGGGUGGAGUGUGGAGCCGUCAUUGGGGGAUGAUUGUAUUCUGUGUACAUGUAUAACAUAUGGAGCACUAUCAGUACUUUCGUAUAAUUUUCUACCCGAUAGAAGUAGGGGUAUGCUGGGGAUUUAAUGUGUCAUUGCUGUGAUCGAAUUUAGUCUGUGUAUCGGGGUUAUUAGAAUUAAUUCGAGUUUCAGGUAGUUCCAUUACGUCAGAAUUAUUGCAAUGACAACUUAUCGAUUUGUUGUCUUCCGAACCAUGUGUCCUUCUACGCUUAUUACAUCGUUUACAAAUUUUGUUCAAACGACUUCUUUUAAGUGGGCGUUGAGAAAGUGAACUGUCCGUGUCCAUUCCUGAUUCAGAUUCAUUACAAGUAGUAUUAAUUGUUACAUUAUAGCCCACCGGAGGGACUGUCCCCCCAGGAUCGGGGGGCUCAGCCAUCAUCCAGCAAGUAAGAUAAAAGGACUUACCAGAUGGCCAGCAGUGACAAAGAAAUUAACAAAUAAAGAAUAAAUUAUAAUACUUAAACUUAAAAUAUAUCUAAAAAUAGUUUAUACACCACUGAUCACUUUGAAUAAGUUAUUAAAAUUAUAUUUUAAAAUAAGAAAUCAAAAAAGCGCGCCUUGCAAGUCGAACGUUUCCCGCCCUUUUUUCUUAUAUAAUAUUGCCUAACAAUAUAAAUUGGAUUGGAUUGAUUUAUAAUAUUUCAUUCGUUCAAUACUGUUCUUUACUUCUUCCUUGAAAAAUAAGGCAAUUUACAUAUAUUCAAGUAAUUAUCAGUUUCCCGGUAAAAUAUUAGCAUAAAAACAACUUGUCUUUUAACAUAAUGUAACAAAUUAUAAAAUUUCAGGCAUAAUGUAAUGUCUUGCAAUUUUAAAUGCAUAUAACGGAUUAUGCUUUUUUAGUCACGUAGGAGUAGCGUAUUAGAAUUAUAUUUUGGUCUACGCAGAGUAUUCUCCAACAUGGAACGAGACUCCGAUCCACCAUCUACAUUAAUUUAUAUAAGCUGAGUCGCUCCAUCAUUUAUAUUAUUAGUGCAAAAGUUUUUGUAGUUGGAUGGUUGUUAGAAGUUAGAAGAAGUAAAUGCAAAACUAAGUGAAUGUAUUUGAUCAAAAUUUUGGACAUGGACAUUUCCACAUAGGCUACUAUAUAUCACGGUAAUUUGCUCUCAUGGGAAAUAUUGGUAUUUUUAUUCAGAUUUCUUAAAACUAAAUCAAUAUCCGUUUCAUUGAUUCAGAACAUUCCGAAUCUUAGACGUUCCAGAUAUCCGUAACAAGAUUUUGAACAUAAUUGAUUCAGAAUGAAAUAUUAUAUAGUAAAAAUAUAUAGUUCAGUGAAGAAUAAAUCCCAUAUUAUAUUCUUAUUUGCCUUAAAGCAUAAAACAAUAACUAUUUAGCCUUUAAUCUGAGCCUUUAAGGGUAGUGUUGAUCUAUAAUACCGUGAUAUUUCGUAGGCUGUCUCCGGACUUUCGUUUUUUUUUUUGGUAUCACUACCGUGAAUACAAUGUCAUCAUGCAAUAUUGAAUUGUCAAAUUGGUUAGUCGUCAUUUUCUUCUCGAAAAUGGCCGCAUCGGGAGGAAAUAUUGAAUGGUCUACAACUGUUAAACCAAUAUUAACAGCACUCUACGGCCCGUUUUUCGACAAAAAUGAUGCCGUGGAAAUCAUACAAGCCAUCAUUAAAAGCGAGGCUGAGUUUCAGAACCAUGAGGACAUUUAUGACUUAUUCUACACAUGCUUUGCCUGUCUCUCAGCACAUUUCAUCAGUGUUAAUGCUAACAACCUGCCCAAUGAUCAGCUGAGCACAGCUCGCGAUGCAUUUAGAGUGAUACUCAGACAAAUAUUGAAGAAGCUCUCCGAAGCUGGAUUGAGCUGUGAUGAAAAUACUGCCAAUACAGCCGCUCCUAACGUGUCUGUUAAACAGCUCCUGCUACCUAUUGUGGGACUGUGCGGCAUUGAUGGAGGUGGCUACCCUCAGUCAGACUUAGUUAUCUUGACUUCUUUACUGAAGAAUGCCAAGUUGCCAGCACAUGUCAAUGUGCCAGAUGCACAAACAGCGAAAUCUUCAGUUAUACCGAGCCCGAUAACAUCAUGGGCGUCACAAACCACCACGUCAGAGAAGCAACCGCCGUCGACGGCCCAACGUCGGUCCGACGCAUUACUGGAACAGCUGACGGCGCCGCUGCGCAACCCGCUGACGUCCGUGUCGUCUCAGAACGCCCCCGCCGCGGCCGUCAUGUCGCCCGGGAGUAAGGACAGUUUGGACAGUACUAAGGAUGGGAACGCUUCCCAACAACCUACUAUUGAUAUGAAGAAGUGGGUGGCAUCAACCUGCUCAUCAUUGCUGAUGGAGCUAAGAGCCGGCUCCGUGGUGCUGAAGGUGUGCUCGUCUCUGCCGUGCCUGCAGCGGUACCUGAACCGCUGGCAGACUGCCAAAGAGACAGCUGUGUCACCACAAUUCAACUCUGAUGCCUCACUGCUCCAUUUUCUUGUAAACGAAGUGCACGUGUGCCGGCUCGCUCUCUCGUUGCCGUGUCUGGAGCCGUUCACUCCAGACCGUAUCACCACACUGAGCGAUGUCAGCGUUGCAGCGCUCCUCUGCGCUACAGCUCAGGCAUCUCUCCAUCCGAAAGACGAAGAGUACGAGCAGCAGACUGCCACUCUGGUAGAGAGCGCUCUAAGCCUCUACAACACUGUUGGGGAGACGUUCAAACAGUCCACACGCGCUGGUGGAUACGUAUAUCAAAACCACCUUAUGAUUGGCGCAUGGGUGCUGCUGUGUGGUCUACAUCACGCACUCGCCGGCGCCCCGUGCCCCUCCACCACGCCCGGCAAGAGCCCAGCUAAGGUCCCGUCGAGGCCUUACAAUCUUACUAAAAUGCAACAAGGGUUAGGCGUGGUGUGGGUGGCGCUGGGCGGGCGGUGCCUGGCGUGGACGAGCGCGCUGCUGGCGGACGCGCGGCUCGAGGCGCUGUCGUGCGGCGCGGGCGCGGGCGCGAGUGCGAGCGGCGCGGCUGCGAGCACGCCGGCGCCGCUGCGCGUGUUGCCGCAACACGCCGCGCACCAGCGAGAGCUGAGGCUAGCCGCCGCUGCACCGCUGCAUCAGUUACUGGUGGCCCUCGGCGUGGUGUGCUACCGCAAAGCGACGAACCUUAAGCGCGCCGUCGUGCAGAAGCAGCACCAAGACGCCGACCCCGACCGGUCCGACUCCACCGUUUACUUCCAGGACAUGAUACUGUGCUCCGAGGACUCUGAGACUGACGAUGAAGACAGUGAACCACUAUUUGGGUUAUGGUUCGAAUCUACUCUAGUGGCGCCCGAGGCGGCGGAGGGCGGCGCGCGACCGGCCGGCGCCGACGCGGCCGACGCUCCGCCCGCCGCCGACCACGCCCUCGUGCCCGACAAGGCCGAGCCCUACGCGUACAUAACGCUGGCAACAGAAGUGUUCACACUUCUGACGGAUGAGAUAAUAAGCGAGGGCUCUGACAGGCUCGGCCAAGCGUCCCUCCAGCUGCACGAUGCGCACCAGGCGCUGCUGGCCGCGCUCGCCAAGGACCUCGACCGCGAGACCGCGCGCACCGACACCGGCACAAUAUCCGCGUGCUUCGGGCCGCGUCUCGGCGCCCUAUACGCGGCUUUCAGCUCGGCGCUGGUGCGUUACCUGCACAACUUGAGCGGCUCGCCCGCGUUCGCGUCGCUGCAGCCGGCUCUGUACCAACAACUGGCGUCGGCAGGAUCGGAUAGGAACAAUAUGACGCCGUUGCAGGUGGGACCGCGAGUUGUAAAACUGAUCGGCAGCAUGGUGCUGAGCAAGGCGGCGGCCGAACGCGAAAACAGCAUCCUCGCGAUGUGGCACAAGCUCGUCAACACGCUGCAGGAAUGCGCGCUGCAACAGCAGCCCUCGCAGGAUCAUGAUUAUGAAGAUUUGAAUGUUGAACAUGCCCAGCUUUUGGUAUAUCUAUUCCACUCAUUGACGCUGAUGCAGAAGAAAUCAGUGUUGCUUAUGACAUCUAACGCCAUCAUCAAGGUUGUGGAAACUUUGGGAAUCACCGACAGAAAGAAGGCGAUGAACUUGGCGCCGCAUCAACUGGUGCUCACCACUAGGCUGAUGCUGUUGCUCGAAUAUCUUAUGAGACAUCUGUAUGACGCCCCGCAAACCUUGCUGCAACAGAUUGAAUGGAAUCUGAUCAUAUCUCCGGGACUGGCUCAGCCCACGCCGGAGGCUGGCACGAACGGCGGCAAAACUACUGCUAAUGGACUGCUCAAGUCACGCAUCUACUGCGAAGUGCCGUUUAUAGAACAGGCGUAUAGGCGACUCUCCCAAGAUGAGACGUCCAUGAGACCCAAGUUCUACUCUCUAACGAGUGCUGAAAUUAAUAAUCAGGAGAACCCGAAGUUCGACGGUCUCGCGUGUAACUUCGUGCUGGGCACGCCGCACAAGCUGAAGUACCCGCUGCUGUUGGACGCGCUGCUCGCGCUGUUGAAUUCGGCGUGCGUGUGCGACAACCCGCAGCACCACGCCUCCGCCGCCGCGCUCGCCGCCGCGCAUUACUGCUUCCAGACCGCGUGGAGGCUAGUGAUAAGCAUGCCACCUGCAACGCCGCACAUGGACAAACUCCAAGCCGGCAUGGCCGCCGAACUGCCGUCGCCUCUGCCGCUGCAUGCCGUGGUGUGGGCGCCCAGGGCGGACAACAAAGAGGUCUUCAACCCUUGGCUUAAGGACGCUCUGGUUAAACAGGGCAUGUACACGCAGGUGAGUAACAAUACGACUAGCGAUAUAGCGAAUGGAUUGCCGUCUCUGUUGGAUGUUAUAUCGUGCGACGCGGUGCUUGUAAGGCUGAAGCUGUCCUUGACCGACUUCCGGGCGCUCACCGACCCACACAAAUUCAUGUACGACCUGCUCGACUUGCUGGAAACUAUAUUAAACUGCUGUCGAGUAAGCGCGGACCUGGAACUGGAGCCUCUGCUGGAGUCGUCGACGAACCCGUCGGAGCUGGCGGUGGCGGCGGCGCGCUGGCAGGUGUGCGCGACGUCGGCGCCGGUGGGCACGGCGUCGGGCAGCACGCCGCCGCCCGCGCUGGGCGCGUGGCUGCGCUCGCAGCUGCCCGCCGGCGCCGCCUCCGCGCUCGAGCGCCUCUCCACCGCGCCCACCAUCGCUGUCGUCAUUAAACUAGCCUACGCGUACCACAUCAUACCAUCAGAGAGCGCGGUCCUUGAUCUAGUGAACUCUCACUGCGAGGCCAUCAGCGCCAACUCGAAGUACUCUAUCGGCAACUCGCUGAUGAUGCUCGCGUGUUCGGCUGGUAAACUGCUCGAAGUGGGUGUCACCACCGUGCUUGAUAGCGCGGACCUUACCAGGAGGACCUUGGAUCUUAUCGUGCCGGCGUUUACGGACGGGCGCGUUGAAUUCAUGGCCGAGCUACUAGCAGCCGUUCUAAACGCGCUGGUGCCGCAAGUGCACCGCGCGGAGCAGCUCAUACAUGAACACAUCUUGAAGACCACGUACCCGGUGCUCGUCGAUCAUCUGCAGCCUUCCACUGAGAAAACUUUAAGACAUAUGGUGAAAUAUUGGGAGAAGAUUCUAGAUCGUCCUGCAGGAAGGUCGGCGUAUGAAGGCGUGUUCUGCGAUAACUCAGAGUUCUCGCUCGGUAAAAUUCUUCUGUCUGCGCCAAACGCACGGACGCCAUACGCUGAAAGGGUUAUUAAGCUAUUUAUCAAGAUAUUUGCUGGUUGUGAGAGUUCCGAAUUGAAUAGUUCCCUUUGCAUAUCUGUGUGCAAGUUUAUUGGUGUUGCGGAUCAACAGAAGCUAGCUUGCUUGCUUUCCCAUAUAUGCAUGGGUUCGCCCGCGUCCACCACCGGCGCCGCCGGGACAACAAACGGCACUCCAACAGAAACCGAGCUACCAACGCCGACGUCGUCAGCCCCUGACGCGGCGGCCAAUCCUGCGUCGGUUGCGUUGCGCAACGCACUGCGCACCGUGUUCCGCAGCGAAGUUGACUACACGCAGCGUUCGAACGAAACGCCGCCACAGCGAAACGAUUCCGACAUGCCCGUUGAUGUGUUUGAAGCGCCAUCUCCAGCGCCCAGGGCUCAGUCUGAAACUGCACAACAAUCUGAAAGUUGCAGCUGGUCGGACGGCAGUAAGGAAAGCGGCGCUGCGGCGACUAGCGCGGCCGCACCCGCAGACACCGCGCAGGCGCCGCUCACCGACAACGCCAAUGACAACGCUGCGCUGCUAUCAGCACUCUGCAAACAUGUCGUGCAGCAUUGCAGUGAGAACGUGAGCGAGCGCAUGCUGUCGACGCUGAUCUCGGUGUGCGGCGAGAGUCCGUGCUCGCCGCUGUUGCUGCGCGAGAUGUGCCGCCUGGCGGACGCGCACGCCGGCGGCGAUCACCGCCAGCUGUUCCCCGCGGCUGUCGGCUGGCUGUCGGCUUGCGUCGAUAAUCUUAGUAGUCCAGAAGUACUGGAGAAGUUGGAGGAAGGCCAGGUUGAUGGUAACCUGGCGCCGCAGAUUGAGUCCUCUUGCGUGCUGCUUUCGUACCUGGCUGACUCUCUGCAUGCCAUCAACACGACACAACCUCAUAGUUGGCGAUCCGUUAGUCCAACUUGGGAAUCGCCUGCUGAUCUCGGAUUUGACUUUGAAUAUACGGAUGAACAACAAGAUGACGAUGACACAAGUGCGGAUGAUUCGGAUGAAGAUGCAAUGUUGCAAUACAAGCUGUGCACGUUCACGGUGACGCAACGAGAGUUCAUGAACCAGCACUGGUAUCACUGCCACACCUGCAAGAUGGUGGAUGGCGUGGGCGUGUGUACGGUGUGCGCGCGCGUCUGUCACAAAGGACACGACGUGUCGUAUGCCAAGUUCGGCAACUUCUUCUGCGAUUGCGGCGCGAAACCCGACUCCAGUUGCCAGGCGCUAGUAAAGCGUUCGGUGACUCUUGGCGGUGCGGCGCGCGGUGGAGCCGAAGAAUCGGCGCCCGCACCAUCACGCCGCCGCCCUUCCAGUCCCUCUCCUCCUGCAUUGCUCGCGCCACCACGUCGGCCGUUACUAGCUGCUAAUAUUCAAGGUUGUCGCGGGUUCCUGUCGUCGUACAGCGGCUGGGGUGCGUGCAUGGAGUGCGGCGGCUGCUGGAGGCGCUGUCGGCGCCGGUGCGCGCGGCGUGCGAGCGCAACGCCCCACGGGCGCGCACCGCGCGCAGCGGCACUCGCGCAGCUGCACCUCGGCGAGAAACGGUUCACUCACACUGACAGCCUCAUGCUGCCCACGCUAGGCUCGCAGGAAGGCGCGUUCGAGAACGUGCGCAUGUCGUAUACGGGCGAGAAUGGGCAAACGAUACGGCAGCUGAUGUCUGCGCACAAGUUGCGUCGUGUGGCCAUGUGUUGCUUGGUCCCGCACGGACGGCGACAGCACCUCGCUGUCUCGCAUGAAAAAGGAAAAAUCACAGUGUUACAACUCUCGGCGUUGUUGAAGCAGGCCGACUCGUCGAAACACAAGCUGACUCUGACUAGGUUGUCCUCCGCCCCCAUACCGUUCACGGUGCUCAGCCUGAGCGGCAAUCCGUGGAACGAAGAUUUGCUUGCUGUGUGUGGACUCAAAGAGUGCCACGUGCUCACUUUCAACAGUGGUGGUGCUGUAGCAGAUCACUUAGUGUUGAACAACGCCCUGGAAGGCAACAACUACGUCAUCAAAGCACUAUGGCUUCCUGGAUCGCAGAUACUACUUGCCCUCGUGACGUCAGACUUCGUCAAGAUAUUCGACCUUAGCAAAGACUUGAAUAAUCCCACACAUCACUUCCUCGUGCCCAGCGGAAAGGUCCGAGACGUAACCUUCGUUUACCAAGACGGCGUAGUCCACAUGCUCUGCAUGAGCUCCGCCGGUCACAUCUACUGGCAGCCGAUGACUGAAGAGUCGAGCGCCGCACUCGGCACAUUCUACGUUACUAACACACUUGAAGUUUUACACCCAGAAAUACAGGAUGUCGCUGGUCUGGUUGGCGGAGGCGGAGUAUCGAUAUAUUACUCGCACACUCUGAAAAUGCUAUUCUUCUCUUACGCACAAGGAAAGAGUUUCCUAGCUCCGUUGAACAAUGUGGAAGAGAGUGUUAAAGGAACGGCAAUGAUUACGCUAUCAGCAGCAGCGACGCAGAAGGAAGGCGGCGGUCGCGGCGGCGGCAAGCAGGGCGGCGUGCAGUCUCUGUGCCAGUGGGCUGAAGUGCCCGGACAUCCAGGACUCGUCACUGCCGUCAUGCAGGCUUCCAACAACCUCGUACUCAUGUUGACGCCUACGAACAUAUUUGUGCAGGAGAUUAAGGUGGUACCAGCAAAAGCCAAGAUCACGGACAUGGUGGCCGUCCGCCAUUGGUGCGGUGGUGGCGGCGAACAGAAGAGUACGCUCAUACUCUGCGAGGACGGGUCAUUGCGCAUGUACGCAGCGAGUAACGAGAACACAGGGUAUUGGCUCGCGCCGACCAUACAACCCACGCAUGCGCCGCGACGACGACCUAAACAGCCGCUGCACCAUGCCAAAGGAAAGGCACAGCAGACCGUCACGAAGUCAAGCGCGAAUGGCACGCCGCAGUUCCCUAUCGAC